AUGAAGCGGCUAAUGAAGACUACGAAGGGCGGCGAAAACGAAGAAGACGUCGGAGAAGAAGACGGUAAUAAGGAAAUGGGGGCGUGGCCGGUGGUCGUCUUCUUCUUCUUCUCGGCCUAAUAUGUGCAAAUUUCGCACGCAAUUCGCCGAUUCUCAGAAAUUACGUUUCGAAACAUUUUUCCCCCCGUCAGUUAGGCAAAGGCGGCGCGCACAGAAAUUUUGCAAAUGAACAAAAUCGAGUUGGCCUCCGAGGCCCUCGCAAAAAUUCAUUUUUUUUUUUGCUUCGUCUUUUCGUACUCGUCUUCUGCUAAAUAGAGUUAUGGGUAAUUUGGCAGAUAAAUGACAGUAAUCGUUUGCUCAGUGUUGCUCAUGUUAGCAGAGCAAGCUUGACGGGGCGAAGUGUCGUCGAAGCAACAGCCAGUCCUGAAGGAAAUCGCCCUUUUUCUAUUAUAAUGAUUUCUCAGUGUUGCUCAUGCUAAUCAAGAAAGUUUGACGAAAAUUUGGUGGAGUCCUGUCAAAGUUUGAGCCAGUCUCAGAGAAAGCCGUGAUCAAUUUCAUUUUGAUAGUUUCUCAGUGUUGCUCAUGUUAGCUGAGCAAGCUUGACGAGGCGAAGUACUGUCAAAGCUACAGCCAGUCUUUGAAGAAAUCGGAACUGUAUUUUUUUAUCAUAAUAAUUUCUCAGUGUUGCUCAUGUUAGCUGAGAAAGUUCGACGAUGCUGUGCCGAAUUAUUUUCAACGUUAGAUUUAAAAGAAAUCGCAAUAUAACUUUUUUCGAAUAAUCAGUGUUGCUCAUGUUUGCAAGGGCUGUUCGGUGAUGACUAAAUGAACUCUUGUCAAGGUAAAACAAAUUUCCGUCAAAUAUUCAUUUGAGGGGUGUGAGUUUGAAUUUUUUUUUUUUAGGAAAACGAAGAUUAGUCGGAGAAUCCAAUCGGAAUCGAUUGACAAAAGGCAGCGCGUAAUACGAGAAGAUGUUAGAGUAGAUAAAAAUAAAAAUUAAGGAAAAACGAAGAGAAAAUUGAUACAGGGAAGACGUUUGGUCAUCUGAAAGUCAUGAAAAUAACUUUUUAUUUUCGAAAUUCAUACUCUAUCCAGCGCUAGUAGAAAAAAAGCCACUACAGAGACGUCUCCAAAUCUUCUUUUAAACAUUUUUUAUAAUCUCAAGUCAGAGGUAAAUAACCGAUUUAGGUCUUUUCAAGAUCGUUUUCGGAAUUUAGAAGCAGUUAAAAACAAACCACAUUGAAUGAAUCAAAAAAAUUUCGAAGUUGAAAACCUAGGAUUUCUUCCCAAAAAGUCAAGUAAAAGUACAGAAAGUGAAAAUUUGGAUGACUGGAAAAAGUGGAAAAUUGCUCAGAUUUCCAUGGGAAACCGUUUUUGACUAUAGGAUGAAGUUGAAGAUUCGAAUUUGGGCAAUAAAAAAUUACGAUAUGCAGGACAGUUUCUUUAAGAAAAUGCAAGAAGAUUGAGAGCUGAUUUUGAAAAACUAAAAAUUCGGAAUUUUACUGAGAGAAGCUCAAAUUUCUAUGAAAACCCGUUUUGAAUCGAGGAAGAAGCUGAGAAUUCGAAUUUCGAAGGUAAAAAUUAAAAAUGAAAGGAAAGUUCAUUAAAGGAGGGUCAAGAAGAAGGCUGAGAGCUGGUUUUUAAAAAAAUUUUUAAAAAAAUUAAGAAAUCGGAGUGAAAAUGAUUGAGGGUACCUCAAAAUUGCUCAAAUUUCUAUGAAAAACCAGUUUUGAUUUGAGGAAGAAGCUGAAAAUUCGAAUUUUGAAAAUUAAAAAAAUUAAAAAAACGGAAUAAAAGUUCGAUUUAAGGAGGGCCAAGGAGACGGCUAAGAUUGGGCUGGCCGGUGUGAGUGUGGGUUUUGGCCGGAGAGCUCGCGAAAUUAGUCGUUGCCGAGGUUUAAUCCAAUCAACUGGUGGCCCGCCCGAAUUAGCUAAUUGGCCGCCGUCGCCGGUGUUGGCGGCCCGAGACUUGAGCCAAAGCCAAGAAAGCUCCCAAAUCUCACUUCACUUCUCCAUUUUGGACCAUAGUUUUGAGGGGCGAGUUCUAUGAAAAGAAUAAAAUAAUGAAAAAACAGCAAAUUUUCCUUCAUUAGUAUUAUAGAAAAAAAUAAAGUGUUAACUAUAUGAUCUACGAGAAAGUUUCAGAAAAAAAAAAACCAAGUUCAACCAAAAUUAAGGUAUCUCUAAAAUCUCGUUUCAUUUCGGAUUUUGAGUCAUAUUUGGGACAAAUUUCGAACCGACAGAACUGAAAAAAAAAUUGAGAAAUUUGUUAAUUAACGUAACAUUUACAAGAAAAGAAGCUUUUGACAGAAACUAAACAUUUUUGAAACUUCUCUUUUCGGACCAUUUUUUCAAACAAGCCUUACGUUAAAGGAAGAUAAAAAAGGAAAAUCUACCGAUUGCAUGAUUUAAAAAAAAUAUUAUGGAAAUUGGAUAUGAAAUUUAAGAAAAACUUCCUCACGAAUCUCAGGUAAAAAUUGGGAAGAUCUGCUUUCGGUUCCUCUGAAGGCGUUUGGAAGCUUUCCAGCAAAUGGUCGAACGCCUUCCACAUAGCUUCCUGACACCUUCUACUCAGAAAAAGCCUACCGGAAGCUUUCCAGCAGGCUUCUGGAAGGCUUCUGGCAGGCAUUAUCCAUUUUCACCUUCCAAAUACCUUCCUUCCACCUUUCGAACACCUUCCAAAGGCUUUCCCAAAAUUUUCUAGCUUCCAUACACCUUCCAAUCUUCUGAUAAUUACCUUCCCAACAACUUCCCAGGAUUCGCCUGAGAUCCUACUUUGAUAUUUUAAAAAAUUGGCGGAUACGUCUUGAAAGUUUCACAAAUUCUGAAAACUCAUAAAAUGCAUUCUACGAAGUUUCACAUUAUAAAGAAACUAGUGCGAAACCAAACUCGGGAAAAAUUUUGAUCAUAAAAUUCGGCCUUGGAUUUUCACAGACCUUUCUUCAAAUGGAAAAUUUUUGACUUUAAGUUUUUCAAUAAACUGAAAUUAUUUUUUUAAUUCCUUUUGAAAGAGCCUUCUCACAACGAUCCGCAUUCAAUUUAUCCAUUCAUAACGCCAAAAUUAGUUAUUAAUUGGAAGAUGUUCGCGACAAAUUCUAAGCCAAUAAGCAGCGGAAAAUCGAAAAUGUCGAAACUAGUUCUUGAAAAUGUAAAACUAGAAACCAUGCAAAGUUUGGAAAGAAUCUAUAAAAAAUUCGUCAAAUUUUAAAUUGGCUUUAGUUUUCUUACUGAAAAGAGUAUUUAUACAUUUUCGUUUCUGAACGUCUUUAAAGGUAAAAAAAUCAAUUUUCUCACAUUUAAAGUCGAUAAUUUGGCGAAACAGUAACACUUUAAGAAAUUAUCAGGGUAAGAAAAUAUGGAGAGAAUCUCAGAAAACGUUUAAAAACCAGCCGCGGCUCAGAUUGGUCAACUUUCGACCUUUUCAGAACGAUUCCUUAUCAAAAUACGCCACUUUUUAUCCAAAUACACUGAAAUCCGAUACCUUGUAGCGAUGAAGCUAGAAUCAGCCGCGUUAAGUUAUUCAUUUUCUGUACGGUUUAAUCAUCAUUUCAUCAUCAAUCAAUAAUCAUCAUUUUUCUCAGUUAUUGGAUCCGUUUUCAGUCAAGAAAGCCACCAUUUUCCCUGUAUUUUUUGAAUAAGUUUUUUCCAAAACCUGGCUGGCUCAGAAAGGGGUCACUAUAGGGGUUAGGGGAAAAAUAGUCAAAAAAAAAGCGUUAAUUUAUUGAGUUGUUCGCCUUCAAAUCCUUUUCCGUCAAGGUGAAUCGACUAGCAUGUUCUCUUUAGGGGUCACGUUUGCAAACUUCAGUGGUUCUUAUAGAAAUCUUGAAGCGGUCACUAGAGGGCCUUGAAGGUCCCCCCAAGUAGCCCCUUUAGGGACCACUCUAGAGUUUUUAAAAGAAAUCUCCUUCCGCCACUCCUCUUCGCCAAUCCAAGCCGCUUUAAUCCCUAAAAUCUUAAGCCAAUAAGAAAAUAAAUAAUGUCGGAGGGAGCAGCGGCCAGGGAGGCAAUAGACCCACUCUAUUAUUAAGAAAAUGAUUAGGGUAAGAAACGAUGGAGAAAGAGAAAAUUGGCAGCGGCAGUGGCAGCCGCAGCCAAGUGUUGAAUAAUCGACGGAAACGACCCCGGGAGAGGUGCGAAAACGAGAGAAAAUUAGCACGAAUCGUGUUGGUGAAUGGCCAAUAGAAUGCGGCUCGUCAUUCAUUUCGGGGCAAGUGUGAGGAGGAAGAUUACGGUGGUUAUUAGGGCUCCUGGAAGCCGACGGGAAACCUCCGCCAGCUCCAAAUGAGCUCCUUCUUCUUCGUCUCCUUCUCGGCUCGUUAUACUUGUUUAGGUUUCGGGCAAUUAGUCGCAUCACCGAGUUUUCACCAAGAUUUGGGCUCGAGCCGCUAAUUUGGAAGCUGGAAAAGCUUGAGAUUGACUUCUGGAUGAAGUUCAUCUUUUGCAAAAAGUUAUACUGUUCUUCAAAAAAGUCCCGAUCUCUGUUCAGCUUCCCAAAUUUAUCACCAAGACUUGGAAUUCUUCCGAGAAGCUUAUUUCGAAGCUCAAGAUUGCCUUUUGGCCGAGUUCGAGCAACAUUACAGGUUUUUCAAGAAGAAUUCCAUGUAAAGUAAUUUUGGGAUCAAGUAUAAAUUGUUGAUCUUAAUUUUAAAGAAAGUUAAAAACAACGUAUUAAUCAAAACUUUGACUACUGGAACUAAUUUCAAAGCUGGAUGAAAUGUUAGAUUGAAUUUCGGCAAUUCGUCAUUUACUGAUUUGAAAACCAUUUUUUUCUUGAAUUCAGUGGCGACGCGCGCAAGUCGUUCUGUGGUCGGAGGCUCCUUUGAUAAUCUACGGAUUUUAUCAACGAUUUUUUGUCAAUCGGCUCUAGAAACUUCUACAAUCGAAGAUUUUUUUCAAAAAAAUUCUUUUUAUUUAAAGCAUGUAAAGUCUACUAUAGACCCAUGGUCGCACUUGGAAUGGCUAAAGUCGUAGCGGUUGUCAAGAAGUUGCUUCAAAGCGGGCCGGACAAACUAGCGACGCGCGGAAGCAUCUAUAGUCCUCUAAUCAAGCUCCUGGGGGUCGCGACGCGACCGCAACGCAUCGAACCAUUCGGACGCUUUCAUUGA